AUGAAGCGCGCCUUCGAAGACCUUGAAAUCUCCGACGACGAGUGGGACAACCACCAAUUUCAGUCCUCUCGCGUCCUCAAAACGACAUCGUCUUCGCAAGCAACAGUACCGAAACCCCCUCCUAUAGAAUCUUUCGCUUUCAAUUCCCGAAACAAUCCCGAUCCAUAUUCAGAUGACGAUUGCGUCGAAAUCACUGGAGGCACGUCCAUGGAUAAUUUGGAGGAGAAUCUCGAGGACGAGGACGCCGAGGAGCCGGAGGCGAGGCUGGCCGGGAACACCCGUGGCCGGCGCUUCGUGGUGGACGACGAUCAGGAUAGCGACGGGGAUUUUGCUGAGGUUUACGACAUAAAGUCAACCAGUGAAGAGGAAUUCGAGGAGGAAAAUGUGGAGGAGGAUGAUUUGGUCGGGAGGGCUCUACAUAAGUGUGCCAAGAUAUCGGAGGAGCUCAAGAGAGAGCUUUAUGGCACUGCUGCCACUUCGUGCGACCGGUAUUCGGAGGUGGAAGCUUCCACUGUCAGGAUUGUAACUCAGAAUGAUAUUGAUGCAGCAUGUUGGGCAGAAGAUUCAGAUUUUCAGCCGGUUCUCAAGCCGUAUCAGCUUGUCGGUGUCAACUUUCUUCUUUUGUUGCAUCGAAAAGGUGUUGGGGGAGCUAUAUUGGCAGAUGAGAUGGGACUUGGGAAAACCAUUCAGGCUAUUACAUAUUUAACCUUGCUGAAUCAUUUGAACAAUGAUCCUGGGCCACAUUUGAUUGUAUGUCCUGCCUCCCUUCUGGAAAACUGGGAAAGAGAGCUUAAAAAGUGGUGCCCAUCAUUUUCGGUACUCCAGUAUCAUGGGGCCAGACGAUCAGCCUAUCAAAGGGAGUUGAGCUCUUUAGCUAAGGCUGGAUUACCACCUCCAUUCAAUGUGCUUCUUGUGUGCUAUUCACUAUUUGAACGACACAGUUUACAGCAGAAAGAGGACCGUAAAAUUCUGAAGCGUUGGCGAUGGAGCUGUGUGUUGAUGGAUGAGGCCCAUGCUUUAAAGGAUAAAAACAGCUAUAGGUGGAAAAACCUGAUGUCUGUUGCUCGAAAUGCGAAUCAGCGGUUAAUGCUCACUGGCACACCACUACAAAAUGAUUUGCGUGAGCUGUGGUCAUUGUUGGAGUUUAUGAUGCCAGAUCUUUUUGCUACGGAGGAUAUAGACUUGAAAAAACUUUUGAAUUCAGAAGACAGAGACUUGAUUGGUCGCAUGAAGUCCAUUUUGGGACCAUUCAUCUUGAGGCGUUUAAAAUCCGAUGUAAUGCAGCAACUUUCCCCCAAGAUACAGCGGGUUGAGUAUGUUUUGAUGGAAAAGGAACAAGAAUAUGCUUAUAAAGAAUCCAUAGAGGACUAUCGUGCUGCUUCACGUGCUCGUAUGGCUAAGCUUUCAGAGGUUGAUUUGAAUGAUAUUGUUAGGGUCCUUCCAAGGCGUCAGAUAUCAAACUAUUUUGUCCAGUUUCGUAAGAUUGCAAAUCAUCCAUUAUUGGUUAGGAGAAUUUACAGUGAUAACGAUGCUAUUCGUUUUGCUAAAAAGUUGCAUCCAGUUGGUGCAUUUGGCUUCGAAUGUACUUUAGAUAGAGUCAUUGAGGAACUUAAGAGUUACAACGACUUCUCCAUCCACCGGCUUUUGCUUCAAUAUGGAGUCACAGAUAAAAAAGGAAUUCUUUCUGACAAACAUGUUAUGCUUUCAGCAAAAUGCCGGGCAUUAGCUGAACUUCUCCCUUCACUAAGAAAACAAGGGCAUCGGGUUCUGAUUUUCAGUCAGUGGACGUCAAUGCUGGAUAUCUUGGAGUGGACUUUAGAUGUGAUGGGGCUUACAUAUAGAAGACUUGAUGGAAGUACACAGGUGACAGAGAGGCAGACCAUAGUUGAUGCUUUCAAUAAUGACACUUCUAUAUUUGCCUGCUUGCUGUCAACAAGAGCUGGAGGGCAGGGUUUGAACUUGACUGGAGCUGAUACUGUGGUUAUACACGACAUGGAUUUCAACCCCCAGAUUGACCGACAGGCUGAAGACCGUUGUCAUCGCAUUGGCCAAACAAAGCCUGUCACCAUAUACAGGCUGGUGACAAAGGGUACAGUUGACGAGAAUGUAUAUGAGAUCGCAAAGAGGAAGUUAACUUUAGAUGCUGCAGUACUUGAAUGUGGCGUGGAGGCAGAUAAUGAGGGUGGUGACGCAUCGGAAAAGACCAUGGGAGAAAUACUAUCAUCGCUUUUGAUGGGCUAGAAUAUUGGUUUCCUGGCAUUGUUGUAUUUGUUGGGCCUAUUCAUGGAGAGAGGAGAGUUUGUCAGGGAAACAAAAAAAAAAAAACAAAAACAGUCCAAUAUGCUUAUUGAUAAUAUAGAUGUCAAUAGGAAAUUAUUUACAGUGACACUGUUAAAUUAGAUGUUAAAACUUUUCUUUAAGGUUCUGUCUUUGCUAUAGUCGCUUUUAGGGUUUAUUGUAGUGAUCAAAAAACUGAUCGUAGCGACAAAUACACCCUAUACUGAGAAAAACUGGGAGCAGGAACUAUUCAGGGUAGUAA